AUGUCGCUAUCUUUUCCAUCAGAGUCCUCGUCAGAACAGUCUUCUACCAGAGCACCACAGGCGUGUGGCACUUGCAAAAGGCAGAAGCGGAAAUGCGACAAGGCCUUGCCAUCGUGCGGCCUCUGUGUACGCAUGCGCAGGCACUGCGACUACACAGACGCCGUACCCGCUCCGACCCCCGAAGACUUUGCUGCUCUUCAGUUGAAGUUGCAAGAGCUCGAGACUCGCCUGAAUACCAAUAGCUCGGGCUCUGUGGCAAGUCUUGGAGGAUCGCCACCACCCAACGCUGUCCCAAACUAUGAAGUUCUCGCGCAGCUAGGCGAGCCCGCUGAGAUUCAGCAAGCCAUCAACGAAUAUUUUGUUACAAUACAUCUCUGGCUGCCUAUCAUCUCGAAAAGUCGUAUGCAGAACGGCCACUCUCUUCUGGAAGGGGGUUCGGACCUAGCGAUGCUAUUCCUAGCCGUGAAGCUCGUGACCACAGUUCCAAUACCCUCCGUCGCCGCUGCCGACCACUACAUCUAUCUGACGGCAAAGCGGUUUGUUCUGUCACUUCAACACGGCGGUAUCCCCUCAAUCAUGGUUCUACAAUCAAUGGUCCUCAUAGCUAUCUAUGAGUACAGUCAUGGCAUCUAUCCUGCGGCAUGGACAACAAUAGGGGGCUGCGCUCGGUAUGCCGACUUUCUAGGGUUGCCCGACAUUCAUGAGAGCUCGAUACUCCUCAACAGCGCCGUGCGUUCCCCCGCUCAAUCGACGCUUGAUCCCCCCAUGACAUGGGGUCUAACUUGGUGCGUAGACAACAUGGGUCGAGCUCGAAGAGCGUAG